ACAUUUUUUUCACAUCCCUAUGUCACAAUAUUUUGUCUUGUCUUCCCGUUCUGUUUACAAAAUGGCUAUAGGUGUUGAUACUUCGAAAUGGAAACCUAGAAAAUUGAAAGGAACUCCCGCUGCAAAAGUCAGUAAUAUAAUUGGAAUAAGUGUGCUGACCUUUGGUGUGAUUUGUGGUGUAUUUUACCAAUUUUCAAAUAUAACUGCAAACUUUCGUAAAAAACUAGAGCCAUUAUAUGAGGACCCUGAACCAGAAGUAGAAAGAAGACUUAUGAUAGCAAGUGGCUUAAGAAAUAAAUCGGGUGAUAUGAUUCGAAAACAGAUGGAAGAAGACGCCAGGCCUGAUACACCUGAUAAAUAAGAGAAAAUGUAUAUAAUUUAUGUAAAUUUAUUCUACAGUAGUUAAUAAAUGUGUAGGACUUAUGUUUGUUUUAAUUCUGGAUAACUUUAAUGUUAGAACAAAUUGUAAAAAGCAAAUUUUUCCAAAAAUCUGGAAUGGAUGAAAGCUUAACAGACUUUCAAGAGAAGAAAAACAUUUGCACUGGUCCUAAAACAAAAAAACCCAGAGUGAAGAAGCUAAUUUCGAAAAAACGAAUUAAAGGACAAAAAGAUAUUAGAUCAUUGAUAAGACCAAAGAAAAAUGAACUUUUGACUUUCACAAAGGACUUCAAUGACGUGUGUGCUCAAGGCGGCAUAGAUGUUGACUCCCAGCAGUUGCAGUUAGCCAUAGCACUAUCAAAAUCACUUCAACAGUCAGAUCAGGCAGAAACUGUAGAUUUCCCAACUAAUUUAACCUCACAAGAGAGGACAAAUAGGAUUCGGAGAACAUUGCAAGAAUAUGGAUUCAAAAUACCACAAGCUAAGAUAAAAUUAGAAACUUUUAAAAGAGUUAAAAAGUAUAGAAAACCAUUCAAAUUGUUACAAAUAUCUGAAGAGGAGAGAAUUCAAAAGAUUUGUAACAAAUAUUCACAAGUAUUACUUGAAAAUCCAGAUAAAUCAUAUGAAAAUGAAACAAAUUGUUGUAACAUUAAUAAUAAACUUUAUCACAUAGCUACAAAUAUAACAUAUGAAUAUAUAAAAACCAAUGAAUUAUAUAAAACUGAAAUAUUUGAUGAAAUAUCAGUUUCCAAAGGUAAUUUACUGAGAGAUUGGUCAGAUAUACCUGGUCGUCCAGUAAGUCCUAACCUUGUAGAAGACUAUGUUAUAUCAAUGCAAGAUAUACAAUGUUCUCAAAAUGAGUUAGAUAUAAUUUUAAGUGGAAGGUUAUUUGCUGCAAAAAAUAUUUUAAAAACAAAACUAAAUUCAUACCUUAAUACAAAUGAUCAAGUUAACAAUAUUCCAGAGAUUAAUAUUACUUAUGAAAACACUAAAUUAACUGAUAAAGGUUUAAAUGAAUUAGAAAGUAAUCAAGGAAAUCUAUCAACAAUGGUACAUGAACAAAAUAGAAGUAAUUCACCAGAUAUUUUUGACGAUGACCCAUCUAUAAUUAAUCAUUCAAUUAGUGAGAAUCAAGGCGCUAAAAAGGAAAGUACCAAAACUAGUGAUGUUAGUAUAUUAAAUUUGACUCCAACAGUUACUAAUAAGGAAGUUAGUUCUCAAUCUUUAGAUAAUAUAACUAAAAGAAAAUCAAAUGAUUUUAUGGACUUAACUGAAUGUGUUCCUAUAAUAUCAAAUUGUAAAACAAAAUUACUAGAAACAAUCAAUGAAAUUGAGUUAGCACAUAAUAGUAUGGAAUUCACUAAAUGUGUAAAUCCUAUUUCACAAGAAAGUAACAUUAAUAAGGAACAAAUAAUUAAUUUUUUCAGUAUUCAAGAGUGUGUUACAUUAGAUGAAGAUUCAAUAUCUAAUAGACAUGCUGCAGUUUCUGGAAAAGAUCUAGACUAUUCUUCCGAUGAUACUAUUAUACUUAAAGAUGAUUUUAUUGAUCUUACUCAGAAUUGUGGACCAAAAGUCUUAGUAGAAGAUUCUUUGAAAGAUGACAUGGAAAUAAUGGAUCUAACUCAAUCAUCCAAUUCUAAUGAAUUACCAGCUGUGAACAUUCCUGGUACACAAAGACUUUCUCCAGAUGACACCAUUAUUCUACCAUACGGUAGUGAUGCCAUGCCUCAAACAAAUUUUAAAAAACUAAAUAAAGAUGUCAUAGAGGUAAAUGAUCUAGAUAUUUCGGACGAUAUUUUGACUGAAAUUAAUUCUAAAGCACACAACGAACCAACAAUAAAUCACAAUUCACAGCAUUUAGACGAAGAUUUUGCAGCAGAUCAAUCAUUUAGGUCAGAAAAUAUUGAAAAUGCACAAGAAAAUGGUAUUAAUAUUGAUUUGACUCAAUCAUCACAUUCCACUAUAGAUGAUUACCAUGAAAACUCUAACAAUAAUGUAUUUGAAAAUUUACAAAUCAACGAUUAUGACAGUCUUGGUAAGAAAGGAGAUAUUUCUAUAGAUUAUGAUGAAAUUGCUGUUGACCAAGUAGAAAAUAUUAGUUCCACAGAUGACGAAAGUAAUAUACAAUCAAAGGAAACUAAUUUUUCACAAUCACCUAAUAACAUGAACAAUUCUAAGAAUGAUAUUGUUAGCGGUAACAUUUCAGAUUUUAAACUUUGUGAUAGAGAAUUAAACUAUUCUUUAUAUAAAUCAAAAGUAUAUGAUGAUUUUGAUGAUAUUUCAAUAGUGAACGAUAACAAUGAAGUCCCUAACAAUCAUAAGUCAAAUAAUAUAUCUUGCUAUAAUAAUUAUACUAUAAACAGAUCAUUAAGUGAAAGUGAUCUUACAAAUGUAAAUAUUAAUGACAUGACAAAGUAUGUAGAUAAACAGGUCAAUAUAACUCUAAGUAAAUCAGCUUGUUCUACUCCGAUUAAAGCAACUAUUACAAAUGAUAAGAUAUCAAUAAAAACACCAACAAAUUCUGAAUAUGUUGUUAAAUUGGUUGAAGUUACACCAAUGUUAGAUUAUGAAGCUAUGUCAAGUCCGGAAAGGAAUAAAGAAUUAGAGAAAUAUGGUUUAAAACCAUUUAAACGGAAAAGAGCCAUACAACUUCUUACACACUUAUACAACCAAACACAUCCAGUCAUAGAACAAUGUACAGAAGAUGUGCCAUUUAAGAAAUUUAAACCUAAUUCACCAGAAGAAAAUAGUUUAGAAAAAAACAAUAUUGCAUUGAAUAAAGAAAACAUUUAUAGUGAAACAAAAACUAUUCCUGAUAUAAAAAAUAUUGAAUGUUGUCCUGAUGAUUGGAUUUUUCAGAAGAGAGAAAAAGCUAAGGUGCAUUCCUGUCCAGUUCCUUUACACAUAGCAUUCCACAACUAUGUGUCAUGUCGAAGACAUUUACGGGAAGCAAUACUUCGAUAUGAACCCAUCAAUAUAGAUGUUAUACACAAAGAUCUUGUAUCAUACGGAUAUAAAUACAAUCCUAAGGAUCUACUAAAAUUUUUGGAUAGAAAAUGCAUUACUGUGAAAACGGCAGAUAAUAAUGCAAGGAAUAGUAAAUAAUCUUACUAACUUAUGUGACAAGUGAAUUUGUAUAAACUAGAACAUAGCUAGUUGGAUUUAAAUAUGACAAUAUUGACAAUUUUUCUGUGACAUAAGAAUUCAAUUAUGUUUUUAAAGUAUUU